CCGGAGGAAAAGCCGCGGCACACGGCAGCGGUGCUGGAACCUCGUUUUGGGCAUCACCGGGCCUCAGCCACCCCCAAACAGGUGCGUUUUCAUUUCUUUCUUUCACGCCUCCACCAUGCUCGUCGACGCUCCAUUAUCGCCAUCCCUCUCACUUGCCGAGUACAAUACAACCGACCUCUCGGAAUACCUCAACACAGAUCUUUUCGGGCCCAGCAUCGAGGGUGAAUCGCCGUCGUCCUCGUCGAGCGCCUCAUCACCUCAGUCAGCAUCGCUGUUGACGCCGCCACAGGCACCGCCGUCACCGUCAUUUACCGACGUGUAUGACUCAUCGUCGACGAGCAGCACUCUUUUUAACCUUCUCGAGGACGAACUGAAGCUUGAUGGGCAGUCGUCGACGUCGCCGUUCCAUUUCCUCUCGAGGUAUGAGGAACAGCCGGAACCAAUGGGCAUCGACCCACAGCUGAUGGCAACGUCUGCGGAGGAACCAGUAGAGAUGUUCAAGGAAGAGAAGAAGCCUGUACAGCCUGAACCGCAGCCCGAGCCAAAGCAGGAGAAGCUCACGUUGACUAUUACGCCCUUUAAGGCUGGUGGUCACGGGAAGUCGCGAAAAGGAACUGUAGUCAACGGUGGUGUUUCCAAAAGGUCCGUAACUGCACCGACACCGGCUGCAGCUCCCGUUGUCGUGCACAAGGAGAAGGAAAACAUCGACGAUGAUGACGACCUCCCUGCUGACUGGCGCCCGCCCCCGGAGGUCUUCGCCAAGAUGUCGAGCAAGGAAAAACGCCAGCUCCGGAAUAAGAUCAGUGCACGAAACUUCCGUGUUCGGAGGAAAGAGUACAUAUCGACCCUUGAGCUCGAUAUCGCGGAGCGGGACCGUCUGUUACAAUCUAUUAGGGACGAGCUGGGCUCUACUCAAUCGGAAAACGUGGCGCUGCGCCAGGAGAUUGCGGCUCUGAAGAAGGCUCUGCUAGAAGGACGAUCAAAUACGGAGCUGACGACGGAGGAUAUCCCUGUGCUCAACCUCCCACCUCCUGGUCCUAUACCAACUCCUGCUCCUGCAGCGACUGUCUCCCAUGCUCAAUCGCCAUCACCGUCCCUCAUCACUGCCAAUACGCAGAAAGAUGUUGCAUCGCCUCGCUCUGGGAGCUUCUGGGGUGGCGCAUCGAGGAUGGGUGGCGGCAUCACGCCCGUGCACACGGUACUCAUUCCAGAGACGGCAUGGGGCAAAUCUGAGAACAUCAAUCCGGCGCUUAACGCAGAGAAACGCGUCAAGACGCCUCUCACUCCCGGGUUCGAUGGAUUCACGGACAACAACCUCUUCACAAUGAAGAAUAUCGACAUGUACCGCAUGCACUUGUGGUCAAAGAUGGCCUCACAACAAAUGACCCAACAACUACCCCAGUACCCGCCGUCGCCGCCAUCAUCGGCACCUUCUUCGCCUCCGACCCCGAACAAUCCACUGUUUUCGCCGUCUCCGUUCACCAACCCCUCGUUACCGCUCUAUUCCACCCCGCUCCAUGGCCUCGCGUCGUUCAUGGGUCCCAAAUACUUCCAGACAUUGCACAAGGCGAACCUCCCCUCGCCGCCUUCGUCUCCGCCGAUGAUGAGCAAGACACUAAGCACGAUGUUGUCAGGGAAGCACUCGACCUCGUCCCAGGGUGGGCGGAGUCCUACGCCUGCUCCGCCGAUGAAGGAGCAGGAGCAGGCGUUCGUCGCUGCUCUCGCUGGACAGACGCUGUUCAAGCGUCUAGGUGGGGCGUUCUGGGAUGCCUUCUCUGGGUCCGAGACCUCGUCUUCUAGGAAGAUUGACGCGGACAAGGUGAGGAAGGUCUUGGAAGGCAAGGCGGUGGUGAAGAUCGUGGACGUGGACGUCGAGCCUCGGAAAGAAGUGGGGCGCAGUAAAGCGCCGGUGUCGGUGUCGGAGAAUCGUAAGGACGCGUGCUCGGUCACGGCGAUUCUGGAGGAGAGUAUGAGGAGUCUGACGUUGGGGAAGAAGUAAAGUAAAUAAUCCGGUGUCCUCUAUUCUGUCAUAUAAAUAACCCCAUCUCAACAUAGCAUAGCAUCGUUUUUUUUCUGGAGUUUUCCGUAUCUACCUACUUACCUAGAACUGUCUUCACUCAAAAAAAUGGUUAUAAUAGCGUAAAAUGAAACAAUGAAAUGUCCCUUUCAUGGUGAAGGAGAGGGAGGGUUGCGCUUUGGUAAUAACUAGCCUGGCAACGGGGACUGGGGGCUCUCGAAUCAAGUCCCUGUUUCAGAAAUCACAUGGUUAGUGAACUAAUAGGGUAGGCAAUUCGAUUUUUAAAUUUAAAGCGCCGCC